CGUGAAAUAACUGAAAUAAUCUACCAGAAGACUGUUAAGCCAGUGGAACAAAAUAAAGAUAAUAAUGUCACAACAACACAGACAACUCCUGUGGUUAAAACCACCACCACCACGACAAAAAGUACAACAUUAGAGAGUACCACCAAAGCAACAGCUCCUGUGAUCCCAAACAAACCUGGGACCAUGGCAACAUAUCCCACAACAGGAGCAGAAUCCAUCACUGCAGCCCCAGUGACCACUUCCAUAGCUGAGACUAAAACUGCAGCUACCUCUACGUUAGCAGAGACAUCCACUUCUGCCCAUCCAACCUCCUCCCUAAGUGAGCCCACAUCACUAAUUAGCACUUCCACAUCGGAGCCAACCACAAUUGCUCUUCCUGCUAGUUCAAAAUCUGUUAUGACCGGUGCAGCCACCUCUGCAACAACAGAAAUGUCCACAUCUCCUCUACAGAACAAUUUCCCAGGUGAGACUACAGCAAUACUCGGUAACAGGACAGUAGAGGGGACAACCAUUGUUGCGCUUCCUACCACUUCACUACCUCAGAGCACAGCUGCAGCCACCUCUGCUAGGGAAGAGACAUCCACAUUUCCUCCAGAGACCACUUCUCCAACGGAGACAACAGCAAUAACUACUAACACAAUCAAGGAAGGAACCACAAUUGUCCUCCCAAGCAGUUCACUCUAUGAGACCACAGCUGCAGUCACUUCUACUACACCAGUGAUCUCUACGGGACCUCUACAGACCACAUCCACAGCUGAGACUAUAACAAUAAUGACGACCACUUCAGUAGAAAAGACAAGCACCAUUCCUCUUCCUCUCAUUACAACACCAGGGAGCACAGCUGCAGCCACCUCCAUUAUACUAGAGACCUCCACAUCCCCUGUAGAGUCCAUGUCUCCAGCUGAGACAACAGCAAUAACUAGUCCCACUGCAACUGAAGAGACAACGAGACUUCCCCUUUCUGCAAGUUCACUAUCUGAAAGCACAGCUGCAGCCACCUCUACCAAAGGAGAAACAUCCACAUCUCCUCUAGAGACAACUUCUGAAGCUGAAACUAGAGCAAUAGCUAGUACUACUACAACAGAGGGGACAACCGCAGAACCUCUUUCUACAAGUGCACUACCUGGGAGCACAGCUAGAGCCACCUCAACUAUUCCAGAGACCUCCACAGCUCUUCUACAGACCACAUCCCCAGCUGAGACUACAGCAAUAAUUAGUGCUACUACAAUAGAGGAGACAUCCACACUUUCCAUUUCUACAAUUUCACAACCUCAAAGCACAGUUGUAUCCACCAGAACCACUGGAGAAACAUCCACCUCUCCUCCAGAGAUGACUUCUGCAGCUGAAACUACAACAAUAACUAGUAGCACUAGAGCAGAAGAGUCAACAAAACCUCCUCUUCCUACCACUACACUUCUUAGGACCACAGCGGCAGCCACUUCUACUACUUCAGAGACCUCCACUGGUGCUCUGGAGACCUCUUCCCCAAAUGAGACUACAGCAGUAACUGAUACCACUGCAGUAGGCGAGACAACCACAAUUACUCUUCCUACAACUUCACCCUAUGAAAGCAAAGUUAUAGCCACCUCUAGUAGACCAGAGACCUCCACCUCUCCUGUAGAGACCACUUCUGUAGCUAAGACUACAGAAAUAUCUAGUACCAGCACAGCAGAAGAGACAACCACAGUUCCGUUUCCUACUGCUUCACUACCUGGGAUUACUGCUUCAACCACUUCUGUUAUUCAAAAGACCCUCACAGCCCUUCUAGAGACCACUUCCUAG